GUGCCUUGGCGGGUGGCUCGAUGGCUGGAUGGCCGGGGGAUGGUGAAAAGUCCCGUGGCAUCUAAGGCACAACUGGGAUAGCUGCUGGUCCUAGCCAGUCAGUCAUUUGACAUUGCUCCUGCGAGAAGGUUGUCCACGCUCCGAGCUUAGAUCCUCUAUCGCCGCCGUCUGCUCCAUCGCGUCCACAAGUCCCUGAGAGAAAGUGAGUGUCACAGUGUGUGUGUGUGUUUCGCGCUACCCACUCCCACUUCUGGGAUACAUAUAGAGCCCCCUCGCAGGGAGCAGUGAAAAGUUAAACAAGUGUUACCUAAGCCUCCUAAAAAUAUAAAAAGAAGCCAGCCUCUGUCGAAGGUCUCGUCAAGAUGGCCCAGUUUGUGACCCACAUCCAGCCCACGCUGAUGGAGGCGUCGCAAGGUCAUGUGCCCCACCACCACGGUCAUCAGGUGGGUGUGCAACACUCGUCGCAUCUGCCCCACAGUGGGCACAACAUGCCCUCGCCCCCCACCCACAAUCAUCACCACGGCCAUGGACACGGACACCAUUCCGGCGGCGGUCAUCAUGGCGGCGCCGCUUCCUCCACAGCCCAUCCGCACAAGCAGGCGCACCAUACCACAACCACCAGUGGACACGCCCCCAAGACGCAGCAUCACAGCCACAGCCCGCCCUCGCAGAUCCACUCGCCGCCGACGGAGCAUCAUCCGGAUCAUGUUGGCCACUACGAGUACUUCCAGCACCAGCAUGAGCAGGUCUUUCACCAUGAGGGAGGAGCUGGUGGUGCCCAGAAGCAACAGCACCACAGUGCCAACAAGCAUGAGCACUGCCCCACAGGACACCAGAGCGCGGGCGAUGGAAACACUUCCUUCCUGCGUGCCGCUCGCGCUGGCAACCUGGAACGUGUGCUUGAGCAUUUGAAGAAUAACAUUGACAUCAAUACCAGCAAUGCGAACGGCUUGAAUGCCUUGCACCUGGCCUCUAAGGAUGGCCAUAUCCAUGUUGUCUCGGAGCUGCUGCGCCGUGGGGCACUCGUGGACAGUGCCACCAAGAAGGGCAACACGGCACUCCAUAUCGCCUCGCUAGCCGGGCAGGAGGAGGUGGUAAAGCUGCUGCUAGAGCACAAUGCCUCGGUUAAUGUCCAGUCCCAGAAUGGCUUCACACCUCUCUACAUGGCCGCCCAGGAGAACCACGAUGCUGUGGUGCGUCUAUUACUGUCCAAUGGAGCCAAUCAGAGCCUGGCCACCGAGGAUGGUUUCACUCCCUUGGCGGUGGCCAUGCAGCAGGGUCACGAUAAGGUAGUGGCAGUGCUCUUGGAGAGCGACACCCGCGGCAAGGUCAGGCUUCCGGCGCUGCACAUCGCCGCCAAGAAGGAUGAUGUCAAGGCGGCCACGCUUCUCCUGGAUAAUGACCACAAUCCGGAUGUGACUUCCAAGUCGGGCUUCACCCCGCUGCACAUUGCCUCGCAUUAUGGCAACCAGAACAUCGCCAAUCUGCUGAUCCAAAAGGGCGCCGAUGUCAACUACUCGGCCAAGCAUAACAUCAGUCCGCUGCACGUGGCCGCCAAGUGGGGUAAGACCAACAUGGUCUCCCUGCUGCUGGAGAAGGGCGGCAACAUCGAGGCCAAGACCCGGGAUGGUCUCACCCCGCUCCAUUGCGCCGCUCGCUCGGGACACGAACAAGUGGUGGACAUGCUGCUCGAACGGGGUGCUCCCAUCAGCGCCAAGACCAAGAACGGCUUGGCUCCUCUUCACAUGGCCGCCCAGGGUGAGCACGUGGAUGCCGCCCGCAUCCUUUUGUACCAUCGUGCCCCGGUUGAUGAGGUGACCGUGGAUUAUUUGACCGCUCUUCAUGUGGCCGCCCACUGUGGCCAUGUCCGGGUGGCCAAGCUUCUGCUGGAUCGUAAUGCGGAUGCGAAUGCCCGAGCGUUGAAUGGAUUCACUCCACUGCACAUUGCCUGCAAGAAGAACCGCUUGAAGGUGGUGGAGCUGCUCCUGCGGCACGGUGCCAGCAUUAGUGCCACCACGGAGAGUGGACUGACCCCGCUUCAUGUGGCCGCCUUUAUGGGUUGCAUGAACAUUGUCAUCUAUCUGCUGCAGCACGAUGCCAGUCCCGAUGUGCCCACUGUGCGGGGAGAGACGCCACUGCAUCUGGCCGCCAGAGCCAACCAGACCGACAUCAUUCGCAUCUUGCUGCGCAAUGGCGCCCAGGUGGACGCUCGUGCCCGGGAGCAGCAGACUCCUCUGCACAUUGCCUCCCGGCUGGGUAAUGUGGACAUUGUGAUGCUGCUGCUGCAACAUGGCGCCCAGGUGGAUGCCACCACCAAGGACAUGUACACGGCGUUGCACAUUGCCGCCAAGGAGGGCCAGGAUGAGGUGGCCGCUGUGCUUAUCGAAAACGGCGCUGCUUUGGACGCCGCCACCAAGAAGGGCUUCACGCCCCUCCAUCUGACCGCCAAAUAUGGUCACAUCAAGGUGGCCCAGUUGCUGCUCCAGAAGGAGGCCGAUGUGGAUGCCCAGGGCAAGAAUGGAGUCACGCCGCUGCAUGUGGCCUGCCACUACAACAACCAGCAGGUGGCCCUGCUGCUCCUGGAGAAGGGAGCCAGCCCCCAUGCCACGGCCAAGAAUGGACAUACGCCAUUGCACAUUGCAGCCCGCAAGAACCAGAUGGACAUUGCCACCACGCUGCUGGAGUAUGGUGCUCAGGCCAAUGCCGAGAGCAAGGCUGGGUUCACCCCGCUCCAUUUGAGCAGCCAGGAGGGCCAUGCCGAAAUCUCCAACCUGCUCAUUGAGCACAAGGCAGCCGUUAAUCAUCCGGCCAAGAAUGGUCUUACCCCGAUGCAUCUGUGCGCUCAGGAGGACAACGUGAAUGUGGCCGAGAUCCUGGAGAAGAAUGGCGCCAACAUUGACAUGGCCACCAAGGCGGGCUACACUCCGCUGCAUGUGGCCUCCCACUUUGGACAGGCCAACAUGGUCCGUUUCUUGCUCCAGAAUGGCGCCAAUGUGGAUGCGGCCACCUCGAUUGGGUACACACCGUUGCACCAGACGGCUCAGCAGGGCCAUUGCCAUAUUGUGAACCUUCUGCUGGAGCACAAGGCCAAUGCCAAUGCCCAGACUGUCAACGGGCAGACGCCGCUCCACAUUGCCCGCAAGCUGGGCUACAUCAGUGUCCUGGACUCGCUAAAGACCAUCACGAAGGAGGACGAGGCAGCUGCUGCCUCAGCCCAGGCCGAGGAGAAGUACCGUGUGGUGGCCCCGGAGGCCAUGCACGAGUCCUUCAUGUCCGACUCCGAGGAAGAGGGCGGGGACACAAAUUUGGAAUUGGACGCUGGCUACGAGUAUGGCAUUGGGCCAGGUCGGUCAGAUGCCCACGUCUAUCUGCCGUACUACCAGGGCGACAAUCUCUAUGUCUCCAGCGAAGACAAUAUGCUAUCAGAUCAACCAUACCGUUAUCUGACCGUUGACGAAAUGAAAUCCCUAGGCGACGACUCGCUGCCCAUCGAUGUGACCCGUGAUGAGCGCAUGGAUUCCAACCGGAUGACCCAGAGCACUGAGUAUGCCUCCGGUGUACCACCCACCAUUGGUGAGGAAGUGAUUAGCCCCCACAAGGCCCAGGUAUAUGGCAGUUCGCCCAAGGCUACCGUCGAUGGUGUGUACAUUGCCAAUGGAUCUGGACACGAUGAGCCGCCGCAUGUGGGCCGCAAACUGAGCUGGAAGAGCUUCCUGGUUUCCUUCCUGGUCGAUGCCCGUGGCGGAGCCAUGCGUGGCUGCCGACACAGUGGGGUGCGCAUGAUCAUCCCUUCGCGCUCCACCUGCCAGCCGACGCGUGUCACCUGUCGCUAUGUGAAGCCGCAGCGCACCAUGCAUCCGCCGCAGCUGAUGGAGGGCGAGGCUUUGGCCAGUCGCGUCCUGGAGCUGGGUCCGUGCUCUACCAAGUUCAUUGGACCGGUGGUCAUGGAGGUGCCGCACUUUGCCUCGCUGCGCGGCAAGGAGCGUGAGAUUAUUAUCCUUCGGUCGGAUAAUGGCGAAACCUGGCGGGAGCACACCAUUGACAACUCGGAGGAGAUCAUACACGACGUGAUGCAGCAAUGCUUUGAGCCGGAGGAGAUUGCCCAGCUGGAGGAGCAGGCUGGCAACCAUGUGUGCCGCUUUGUCACCUACGAUUUCCCCCAGUACUUUGCUGUAGUAUCGCGCAUACGCCAGGAGGUCCAUGCCAUUGGCCCCGAGGGCGGCAUGGUGUCCAGCACUGUGGUGCCACAGGUGCAGGCCGUCUUCCCCCAGGGAGCGCUCACCAAGAAGAUCAAAGUUGGCUUACAGGCCCAGCCGGUCGAUCCCGAUCUCACCGCCAAGCUGCUGGGCCGCGGCGUGGCCGUAUCUCCGAUCGUUACGGUCGAGCCGCGGCGCCGCAAGUUCCACAAGGCCAUCACCCUCAGCAUGCCGGCCCCCAAGGCGCACAGCCAGGGGAUGAUCAAUCAGUACUCGGGCAACACGCCCACCCUGCGCCUGCUCUGCUCGAUCACAGGCGGACCUUCCCGUGCUCAGUGGGAAGAUGUCACCGGAUCCACACCCCUGACCUUCGUCAACGAUUGCGUCUCCUUCACCACAACCGUCUCGGCUCGAUUCUGGCUGAUGGACUGUCGCAAUAUCUCGGAUGCCACAAAAAUGGCCACCGAGCUGUACAAGGAGGUAAUCCACGUACCCUUCAUUGCCAAGUUUGUGGUGUUCGCCAAGAAGAUCGAACCCUUCGAGGCGCGACUCCGGGUAUUCUGCAUGACCGACGAUCGCGAGGAUAAGACGCUCGAGAAGCACGAGCUGUACACGGAAGUCGCCAAGAGCCGCGAUGUGGAGGUUCUCGAGGGCAAGCCACAGUACAUCGAGAUGGCUGGCAAUCUUGUGCCCGUGACCAAGUCGGGUGACCAGUUGCAGCUGCAGUUCAAGGCCUUCCGCGAGAACCGUCUACCCUUCACCGUUCGCGUCAAGGAUCAGCAUGCCGACAUCGUUGGCCGCACGCUGUUCAUGAAGGAACCGAAGGUGGCCAAGGGUGAGCCACCGCAACAGCCCAUCUGCAUCCUGAACAUCGUACUUCCGGAGGCAGUGAUUCCGGAUUCCACCACGGCCUUCUCGGACCGUGUUACCUCCGCCUACAGGACCUCAAUGUUUAGUUUGAGCAAACAUCAAAAUGACCAUUACAUCGGCGACAUUCGCAUCGUGGAUCUGUCGAACCUCUUGGGCAAGGACUGGAUCCAACUGGCCCCGGAGAUUGGCAUAAAUGGGGAGGAGAUCGACGAGAUCAUCAACCAAAACACCGACAGUAUUGCCAGACAGGCCCAGAGCAUGAUUCGACUUUACAAGGACAAGCCCAACUAUGACAUUCUCUUGCUAGAAGCGGCGCUCAAGAACAUUGGACGAGAUGAUAUUAUGAAGAAGUGCAAGAGUGGGCGACUUUCGCAUUCCCGCGAGUUCGAUGACACAGACAUCAUGAAGAACUCGGAAUCCGUGGAGGAGCUGGUUCGCAGAGAAAGCAAGCGGAUCCAGCAAAUCAAUGAACGGGAAGAGGUCAAAUACUCAGCCGAGGAGAAGGAAGUUGAAGAGUCCGAGUCCGAUGAGGAAGCCGCCAAACGCACGGUGGCCGAGCGGCGCGAGAAGAUUGUAAAGCGUCUGUCCAUGGAGCGAUCCAUUCCUGCCUCGACGCAAAAGAAGGAGAUAACCCGCGAAAUAACCGAGAUUAAGCGGAAGAGCCUAAUCGAAGACAAGAAGGCCCACCACGAAUCCGAGAUCUUGAUGCAGCUGCCCGCAGACAAUGUGAUCAUUAAGACAACUACGGUGCCCGAUCAGGUCAUUAAGAUGAAGAUGGGCAAGAUGGAUUCGACCGAGGUGAGCAAGAGCGAGUUUGACAAGGAACUGACGCACAAGUUCAAGACAUCCGGACGCAGUUCAGAGGAGGAAGACCAGCCUUCGUCCCCAGACCAGACCGACAAGAUUGUCCAAGAUAUCAGCUCUGCUGAGAAAAAGGAGAAGGAUGGCGUAACCUUCAGUCGGGUGACCACAAUCACCCGCCAGGAGGCCCGUGACAUCACCGAGGAUUUCCUGGAGAUGGAAAAGCGCAGCCAACUCCCAGCCACUUCCACCACCGCAACCGUUCACGAGAAGUUCGUCGAGGAAGUCAAGGAAAAGACCAGUCCUCUGGCCUCAGUGCCGCAGGAAACCGUCAAGGAGGUGCAGCAAGUCAUUCACGAGGUCACCGAAAUAGCCAGCAAGAAGGUGGAGAACAUAAUUAGCUCCUUCGAGACCACCAAGCCGCAGGAGGCGACGGUAGUCCUGCCUACCCAGGCGACUUCCACCGAAUCAACGAAGGUCAGCGAGACCAUCAAACACCUGGAGGAUGUCAAGACGGUGGCCCAAGAGCAAAAGAAAUCGGUCCAGGUAAUUGAGAGCUCUAGUAUUGAGGAGACCAUUGCCGACUUCGAGGCCAAGAAGGUCAAGUAUGACUUCCAUGGCGGCGAGCCCAAGACCCAGAUCCCCAAGUUCACGCGAAAACCCAGCGAAGAGUCCAUGAAGCCCACAGCAGCUCCACGUGCUGCGGCUGAGCCUGAGAUGGAGUCCGCAGUGGAUACCAAAUCCGAGAAGCCGAUCUCAAAGAUUCCAGUCAAGACAUCUGCCUCAGAAGUCGAUGCUCGAAAGAUGACCCACGACUUUCUGCAGGGCGAGAAGCUAGCCGCUGAGUCCAAGCCAGCCCCAGCAGCCAGCAAGAUUCCGAAGGUGGAGCCAAGGAAAUCAGUAGAGAAACUGGUCGAGAAAGAGUUCAAGAUUUUAGAUGAUGUGGUGGCCUCCACGGCGACCAUUAUGACAGCAGGCCUGGGUGCCGAGCAGCUCAAGGAUAAGUCCGUCAAGCAGCCAGAAAUCGCUGCCAAGGCUGAUACUGUGGCCGAAAAGGUUUCCGAACUGGUUGACACAUUCCACAAGAUCGAAGAGAAGGUGACAAAGUCUGAGAAGCCCUCGGAAAUUGCCAGCAAAGUGGAGAACUUGGUAAAGGCCGAGGACAAGCCUCUGUUACAGACUCAACUUAAAGAGGACAAGGUGGCAGAAAAGGUGGCCAAUGUCGUCGAAACAUUCCACAAGAUCGAGGAGCAGAUCACCACCUCUGAAGCUCGCAAGCUCACCCACGAUUUUCUGAGCAUGGAACAGCAAUCCCAACUGCCGAGCUUGCCUCUUGAGUCGAGUUUAACAUCCACUUCAGCCUCAGAACCGGAUUCGGUGGUCUCUGUGAAACCCUUGCAGCCGGCAAGUAAGAUACCUGUGGUAGAACCCAGGAAGACCCUGGUCGAGGAAGCUCCAAAGCCACUGACCGAACCUGAGCCUGUGAAGCCCAGCGAAAAGAAACCACUGAAUGAGCGCCAGCUUACUGCUGAUUUCUUGAGCAUGGAGCAGCAAACCCAAUUGGUGUCUGAACCCGCCAAGGCAGUCGUAGAGGAGGUAACCAAGAUCGCAGAGCAGCAGGUAGAUCAAUCCAAGAAGCCAAAAGCUUUGAACGAGCGUCAGCUCACAGAAGACUUCUUGAGCAUGGAGCAGCAGACCCAACUGCCAUCCAAACCAAUCAGCGGUGAUGCCAAGCCAUCAGAUAAGCUAAUCGAUGGCAUUGAGUCGGCGGCCCCAGUUGGUGAUAUUUCACCAUUCCAGACUCCCAAGCUGACCACCAGUGUGGUGACUCAACAGCUGGCGACUGAAUACGACAGCGACACCUUUGGCAAACAUGCCACUAUGCCACUGAGCGAGACAAUCAAACAAGAGGCACUCACAGCACCCGUGUCCAUGGAGCCACGCAAGUCUCUGACCGACGCGGAGUUCUGCAAGUCGGUGGGCGAAACGAUCACCAAGAAAAUGAGCGAGGGCGUGAUUGAGAUAACUGAUGAGCUCAAGAAAAUGGCGAGCGACAUUCCACACUCCAUGACUCCUCCGCCAACUCCUAGUGACACCAAAGCCGAGAAGCAGAGCGAGCAGCCCGAACUGAUUAGCUUAGAGCGUGAUUAUUUGGCCGACACUGUGACCACGCUGCACUCGACCACAGAGUCGACAUUCGAGCGCGUCUCUGCCAUUACGAAAAUUGAAAACCUUCAGGAAAAAAAAAUAGACCUAUCCAGUCUGGAUACCGUACAGAUCUCACAAGAAAUUGGUGAUGUUAAAGUUGGUGGUGGUGAUGAUGAUGAUGGCAAUGGCGAUGGCGAAGAUCUUGUGGCGCGCAUUCGCGAGGAAGCCAAUAUCCUGGUGGAUCGCGUGCUCGAAGAGAGUGUCGAGAUCAUCGAGAGCCACGGCCAGCAGGCCAAUGGCCACGAGAUCGUUAAGCUGGACUAUAACUCAGAAAGUGAGAAUUAUGCCAUCACAUGCGAUGACAUUGGCGGUGUCGAUGUCAUCAAAUCGCCCACCAUUGAGUCCAUGUCGGGCAAGUCGUUCGACGACAACAUGAGCUUCACCGACGAGCACAUACAUUUACCCUUGCAUGCCCAGAACACGACCACCACCACGACAACGACAGUAACCACUCAGUUCCAACAGCAGCAGUCCCAGGCGAUUUCCCACACUGCUGCCACAAGCUCAUCCGCGGCAAAAGAACCCGUUCCUGUACCCGAACCCGUAGCCGUACCUCCUCCCGUACCAGUAGUGUCUAGUCGAGAUCAGGCCGAAGAUAUGAGCGAGACUCGGGCGAGGCGCAUCGAUCGCAAGAUCGAGAAGCUAUCAACGGACAUGGACGACGUGAGCGCCAAGUUUGAUGAGGCGUUCGAGGCGGCGGUGCCUGAGGACGAGAUCAGUGCCCUGCAGGGUGACUUCUCCAAGCUCAGCUGGGACGACAGCGUGUCGCCCACGACCAACACAAUGGCCGAUAUGGCCCAGAACCAGAUAACGCCCGAUAACGACAUUCAAGAUCUCAUCGCAGAAACAGGCGGCGAUUUACCGAUCUCAAGUGAAACCGAAACCACUCCCGUACCACCGUCGGCUGCCGUGGCCAGCUCAACAGCGAAAAAAACUGAAACAGAAAGCAAAACCGAAACUGAGCCGGCGGUAGAAACCAAUACAUUCACUACCACCAGCCUCGACACACCCACACCAAAACCACGAGUACUCAAAGCAAGCUCCCCACUCUCCGAAGGCACCGAUAGCACUACCAUCCCUGGCCCAGUGUCCAGACCCGAACUACCGGUUGAUAUUAGUUUUGACGCCGCACCGGUUCCAAAGCCCCGUGCGCCCAUCAAGCACACGGAGCCGUUCGAGAAUCUGGCCGCCUUAGCCGAACAGUCCGACAGCAUUAGUCUGCGGAGUUUUGACUUCACCGAGGAGCUGUCCAAGACGGAUGAGCCCUCCACAGAGCUCUCCAUCCGCUCCCAACUGCGCGACAUAGUCACCACAACCGCUACGACCACUGCCUCAGAGGAUCAUACGGAGAGCUUCGAGCCUACGAGUGAGAUUUCAGUAGAUGAUGCUGAUACCGAAAAGUCGGAGGGCGCUGAAAAGACCACUAGCUUCUACAUCGGGGAGUCCAGUCGAAAUGUUAUCAUCAAGACGUCGACAAGGUCGGCGAGUGUAACGCCCCAGGAAGAAGAGGCCGCAACAGAUAUAGGAAUCGAUGCCAAGGAUAUAUCAUUGAUGAAGGAAGUAUCCGUUGACUCGGACGAGGCCAAUGACGUGUUCAAGGAAUAUGUGACCAUGAAGCCCGACGAUGCUGCAGCAGCGAACAGUAAGAUCGAGAGGCAGGGCUCGGAGACUAGAAAUGAUCUGCUCGAGUUUGAGAAUGCCGAUAAGGACAAGGCUGGCGAACCUAAGCUCUCCAAGGUAACCACCGAGGAGAGUUUAACCACAUCCACUGGAUCCAGUGGCCGAGCCAUUCUAGAGGUGGCCCCAUCAAGCAGUGAAGAUCCAGAUGAGUCCAGUAAGGAAAUCCCGGAAAUUGUGAAUACCAUUUCCGAAAAGGUCACAUCCACCGAUCGAUUUGAAUUGCCUCUGGAAAAGAGUGAAUGGGAAACGUCGGAGAAGGAAAUACCAACUGAGGGCAAGCCAAAAGUGGUUCACUCACCACAGCAGCCAUUGACCACCAGCGUAAAGAGUGUCAUCGAUGAGUCGGUGGUAGGAGUAACUCUUGCCGAAGUGCAGGAAGAAGUCAAGAGCUUCGUUGAAAAACGAGAAGUAAUUAAAGAGCUACCCUCGGAUUUUGAAUUCAAUGCCAUGCCCUCUGGGAUCAGUGGGCCCACAGCGGAGACAGACGAUAUAUCAUCCUUUAUAGGCAUUCCCGAUGCUAGCAUGCACACUUCCACUUUGGACAGCACUCUGCCGCCCGAAGGCCUGUUUGACACCACCAUCAAGGAGACGCUGAACAAGCAAGCGGCGAUGGCUCACUAUGCCCAGGAUGUGUUCGGAAGAGCAGAGCGACGGGACGAUCACGGUUCCCUCGGCUUUAUUUCAACAGGAACUGCUGAAGAGUUGAGCUCCAUGGAAGAGCACAUGGCCAAGGAGGAGCAGGCCUCGUUAGGCUUUAUAUCAACAGAGACAGCCGAAGAUUUUAGCUCAAUGGAGGAUUACUAUACGGAGAAAUUGGCCUCAGCCAGCGUGGUUGCAGAGGAAAUGGCUGCAGACAAAUCGAUCACCACCAGCACCUUUGAGGAGCUCACCUCGGAUCAGUCCAUUAAGCCAGUCGAUGUGGUGGUUCACCGCCUGAAGAACAAGUCAUCGCCGGAUUCAAUCAACCGCUGGUCAAUCCCUGAUGUGGACAACUCCAGCUCAAGCGAGAGCUUCCACAAGAGCUUCGACAAGACUCAGAGCCGGCCGCUUUCCUCUGACAUGGACAACCUUUUAACUGCCACAGGAACCGGCACAGGCACCUCUAGCGAUUACCAGACCGCUCGGGAGUUCACUUCGACCUACCGCACCGAUGGCACCGAGUACAUUAGUGCAGUCAGUACCCUAGGCAGCAGUAGCUUGGAUUCCCAGUCUGAGACCUCGGCCAACUUGGCCAGCAUUGACGUGUCCGAGUUAUCGGAGACACUGGUGGCCUCCUCCGCGGAUGUGGAUGCCUUUGAGGCUGAUGAGAUGUCGCGACUGCGUGAUCUGCGUGCCGAUGACGAGGACAGUGAUGAGAGUCUGGACUUGCCGGGAGUCGCUUAUCCAACCAGCGAACAGCAGAGCCUCAUGAAGCGCUCCCAGGAGAUGAUUUUCAAGCCAAAGACGGAGGUGGAGGAACAGCAGCAGCCUCUGGAGGCAGUGAAAAUAGAGGAAUAUCCCAAGCUCAAGGAGGCGGAACGUACCUGGGGCCUGGCAUAUCCCCUGGAGGACAACAAGGCCGACAGCCCGAAGGAAAGCGAAAGGGGCGAGGAUAUCCUCUUUUACCACGGUGACCCACGACGGUCCAUUGACGAGUCCAAGUUAGCCUCAAGCUUAGACGAGGGCAGCAUCCUUUCGGUGAGCAUGUCGAGCACUUCCAACAUUGACACAGUUGUGGAGAACUUUGAUGAUAUAAUUGGAUCGGCGGGAUCCUCCUCGCUGACCGGCAUCGAAGGCUUCCAAUACGGGCAUGAUGAGCCCAUUCCAUCUGCCUCUGUGCCGGAGGACGCCACGUUCAUGCUGGAGAUGGAAAGCAAGGAGCACUCGCCGCAGGACUCCAAUGCCAGUACACCGCCAGGAGGGGAAUCAAAGCGCCGUGGCCAUAAGCGCAAUGAGAGUAUUUCCGGGGACGCCUUGAAGAACCUGGACAAGGAGGUGGCCCUGCUGGGCGAGGGCAAGGAAUCAGAAAGCGAGUCGGAUACGGAUCCCUACGAGUCGGAAUAUGCCCGGCAGUUCCGCUCUCCCAAGGAGCGAAAAAAUAAAAAGAAAAAGCAGGCGGCAGCCGAAAUGGAUCACAGUGCCGAGCUGGAGAAGCGUCCGUUCACUCCCUCCCAGUUGGUGGCCGAGAUAAUCGUAGAGGAUGACACAGAGGAGCAGGAGGCGGAGGCUGCCAUGAUUGAAGAGCGUCGCCCCUCGCAGAACAUGCAAGACUAUUCAAACAUUCCCGACAUAAUGGUCACGGAGGACAUCAAGUCGCCGAUUCUGGAGGAGGAGACCGAUGAAUUUCCCGAAAAGACCCCCCUGUACAAGGUGCGCACCGAAGAGGAGCUGCACAAGGCCAGCGAUGCCUCAGUCUAUCAGAAGGAAAAGGCAGAAGAAAAGGAGCAGGACUUUCAGCGACGAGUGCAGGAACAAUACCGGCAGAAGCUCGAAGAACUGAAGCGUGCCGAGGUCGGGGCAGAGUACGAUGAUCGCAGGGCUCCCGACUCGCCGGACUCUUUUGAAAUGGUCGAACAGCCUGACAUUUCGGACGAGUUUGUGAUAAUCGAAGAGGUGGCCAAGGAAGCCAAUGAAGUGGAUCUCGGCGGAAAGAGCAUUAAGAUAAAGCCCAUCAAGUAUGAGCAAAAGCACGACGAAGACGUUGAAAAGAUCAUUAUCAAGUCGGCUCCGGCGGAUCCCAAGCUCGGCUCUCAGCUGUACAAGGACGACCUGAAUUUCGAGUUCGAAGAGAGCCCGCCGACAGCAGCCAGCAGCAGCAGCGAGCAGCAGGAAGAAAGUGAUUCGAGCGACACUGCUGCCGCCAACAAGCGCUGGGUGGAGAUGCAGCUGACGGACAACCAGCUGCGUUAUCCAUACGACCUGGCCGGCGCCGUGCUGGAGGACAUCAAGGAGGAAGACGGCGAGUUCGAGGUGGGCAGCAGUCGCAUCAGCAGCUUCAAGGACUCCUUCUCGAGCACACCCGAAUACGACAUGGCAGCACGUCGCUACCACUCCCGAGGCGAGCACGACGAUGUGUCCAUGAGUAGUCUGCAGGAGUUCGAAUCGCUGGAGCAGGCCAUUUCCCUGGAGAAUCGCAACCGGACCCACCAGGGCUCCACCGACUCCAGCAACGGCAGCUUCACCCGCCGCUAUGUGGUUCGCCACAGUGGCAGUGGAACGGCCCCGGGCGAUGAUGUGUCCGUCUCCAGUCUAAAGGAUUUCGAGGGCCUUGAGAACGCCUGCAUCGAAGCUCACCUGAUCGAGACCAAGGCCAGGGAAGAAGCGGCACUGCUGUCGCGCUCAGAUGAAUCAAACAAAUCAAACGGCAGCGACAAGGGAGCCGCCGGCGGUAAUGUCGUGGUAACCAAGGUGACCCGCACAGUAACCCGCACAGAAGUGGUUCCUUCCACUCAGGCGGAGAGCAUCGAAGCCCUGCUCAAGCAGAAGUUGGAACGGGAGGAAUCAAAGCUGGGAUCUGCUUCGGUGAAACUCACAGACAUAAGCACCACUGAUCUGGAGCCCAAGUCCAAGAUCGACAGCCAGGAUUCCGAGAAGGAUAGCAUUGACAGCAUGGAGAUUAGCAAGAGCCACGACAUGAUGACCAGCAGCAUAGAGAGCUUCGACAUCUCCAAGGACGCCACCACGCGAUCUGACAUCGACUCUCUGGAGAUCGACAAGCGGCACUCGCGGCAGGAGAGCAUAGAGUCCUUCGGGGACGAGCAACUGGACCUGAUGACCAAGUUCGUCAGCGGCGGAGGAGGAGUGACCUUGGGCGAUGGUCUGACCACCACCACGACAACAACGACCACCAGCACGGAUGCCGAUGGGCAUGAGCACACAGUAACGCGGGUGAUAACCACCACAACGUCAGUGGGCGGUGGAAUUCAGGAGCUGCCGCUGGACGAGAGCGGAAUGUCCAAGGAUGUAUCGGUGGAUUCGCUGAACCUGUGCGUGGAGCAGACAACCAGCUCGGCUGGCACCACGGCCACGUACCAGACCAGCGCCGGCAACUCGCAGAUGUCUGGAAGCGUGACCAGCUGCGCCUCGAGCACGCUCAUGGAGGAUUCGUUCCCUGGUGUGGGUGGCAUGUCGUCGUCGCAAAUGUCGGCCAGUUUCUGGUCGCACGAUGAGUCCACGGUGGUCGAGGAUGAGGGCCACGACCCCGCCGCCAAGAAGCAGCUGCAGGGCCAGUAGACGCCGGAUGCAAGUGAGGGAGAAGAAAUGGGAGAGUCCCGCGAAAUCCUAUAUGAAAAUGGGGCUUGAACGGUGGCAUAGAAAAUUCGGCUAGACAAGGCGCUCUUCUAGACGGAAUCCCUGGACGGAAUACGCAAUUUCACCGGCUCUGAACAUCACCGAUUUCAAAUCGAACAGCGAAAGGGAUUAAUUAAUUAGCAAAUUUGACAUUUUCCAUCAACACAUUUUUAAAGAUAUUGAAGUGCAUAAACAUACACGAGUUUUUAAAGGGAAAUAUAUAUAUUUUAUAUAUUUAUAAAAACUAUAAAACGGCAAAUAUGAAUACGAAUAUGAAUAUGGCAAGCUUAGCCGUUCAACGCAUUUUCUUAUUGGCUUUAAUGUUUAAAAAUUACAUAAAAUGAAGAAAGAAACAAAAACAUAUACGUUUUGUGCUAGAGCGUUGUAAUGGAACACACCUUUGCUUUUAAUUUGAUGUAGUUAUUAUAUAUGUACAUGUCGAAGGAUACUUAUUAUUAAAUGAAUCGCUUAUUAUUGUAGUUUAAUUUAAGCAAAUAUACAAGCGCAUGUGGACAAGGGGACGUAAUGAAGUAGGAGAAGCCUGGAAAGUGAAAUGCUUUUAAAGUCUCAUUUUUUACAAGAACCAAGCAAAUUUUAUACGCUUGCAUAUUUUAACAGUGAAUAUACAUAAAUAUACAAUCCCAAGAGUAAUGCAUAGAUCAAAUUUAAACAUAUACAGACAAGAUAUUAAAUUUAUUCACAUAGAACUACCAGCCAUCAAGUGUAUCGCUAAUUUUCGUAAUGCACCACUGUAAUGGGAUAUGAAUAAAAUAAUAUUUGUGUUAAAAGACAAGAAAUAAAAAUAACAUUAUUGUAUUGUAAACCACACGCGUAUGAAUAACCAAAUAAAAUGCUUAAUAAAAA